AUGGACUACUACAAACCAAACAAAAAAUCCACUAAUCCCGAGAAAAAAGGCAACUGGUUUUCGAAUUUAUUUUUUCUAUAUACAAAGGACACUUUCAUCAAGGGCUAUAACACCGAGUUAACUCAAAAUGAUAUAUACGAAGUGCUUCCAGCGCAUAAGUCAGAAACAUUAGGAGAUAAAUUAGAAAAUGAGUGGGAGACACAAAUAGAUGAAAAUAAGACAUCUAUACCUAGACUUCUUUGGAAAUGUUUUGGCCACAAUAAUCUAAGCCGAACUGAUGCGAGCUUUUAUGGAGUACUGUUGAUUCUAGUGCUGGUUAUCAGACGUGUGUACCAAUACAAUUUUCAGCUAAAGCUUUCACAAUUUGGCAUUAAACUGCGGACUGGAUUCACAUCUUUAAUUUAUAGACAACUUUUAAAAAUUAACCCGUCACUAGCUGACAGUGGCAAUAUGAUAAAUCUGAUAACCAGAGAUGUGAACGAAUUUGAAGAAGCCAUAUAUAAAAUAACCAACACGAUAAGAGACCUAUCAUGUAUCGCAAUUUCAGUAAAUAAACUUAAAUUGAAAUCUUUACGCAAAACUGAUGAAAGAUAUCAGUUAAUUAAAGAAACAUUAGGGGCAAUAAAAGUCAUCAAAAUGAACCUUUGGGAAGAAAGCUAUGAAAGUAAAGUUGCUAAAAUCAGAAAUAAAGAAGUUCAUCUUAUACGCAACAUAAAUAUACUGCUAUUUCUAAAAUUGCUACUUUCUGAAUCAAUUCACAACACGUCGUGGUACAUAGUUGUAGCAAUAUCGAUAUGGUUUAAGAUCAAAUCAAAUGCUGGGACACUAUUUCUUAUAAUGAACAGUCUAACUAUUAUUGCUUUUGGUGUAAAAAACAAUUUUCCAACAGCAAUACAUGAAGUAGCUACAAUGAUUGCUGUUUUUAAGCGAAUUGGAUAUACACUUCGAAUUAAUAGUAAAGAUUUAUUAAACCUAGAAGGCAGUAAGCUUACACCGAGAAUUAAAAUGAAUUUGAAAGUUCAUACUGCACAUAACGAUGCACUAAUAAAUUUGAAAAACUGUAAUUUUAUAAAAGGAAUAACAGCGGUAACAGGACCUGUUGGAACCGGAAAAAGCCUUCUGCUUAAAGUUCUCACUAAAGAAUACAAAAAUAUAGAAGGCGAGUUAGAAGUCGUCGGGAGUAUUUCUUAUGCAUCCCAAGAACCCUGGCUUUUUCCAUCAACCAUCAAACAGAACAUCUUAUUUGGAAGUAGUUACGACGAAAAUCGUUACUUAGAGGUUCUGCGAGUUUGUGCUCUACUUGAAGAAUUGCGUUCUUUAAGUGAGGGUGAUUCGGCUAUUAUAACCGACGGAGGGGCUAAUCUAAGUAAAGGACAACAAGCUAGAAUAAAUUUAGCGCGAGCUGUUUAUAAAGUACGCGAUAUAUAUUUACUAGAUGAUUGUAUGGCGAAUUUGGAUGCGAUUGUUGCUGAUUUUGUAUUUGAACAAUGCAUAAAAAACUUUUUGAAGGACAAAAUAGUGAUUUUGGUUACUCAAUCCAUAAAGUUUGUCAAUCGUGCAGAUAAGGUCAUAACAGUGAAGACUGGUAAAAUGCAAAUAUCGCACACUAUCCACACGAAAGCUCCAAAAAACGCAGACACUAAAAACAUGACAUAUAUUCAAAAAGACGAAAUAAAUAGCAAAUCAAAUGCAGAAGAAAAUUUUGACCAUAAAACUCCAUUAAUUAAAACAAACCAAGAGACCAGAAAACUCUACACAGAAACAAAGGUACAAGGAAAAGUACACUUCGAUGCUUAUAAAAAAUAUAUUGAAGCUAAUGGAGGAUAA